AACCAACCAUGCCCUCCAGCCCAAUUAGGGUCAAACAAUUCAACAUGUGGCUCGGAUAAAAGAUUUGGAGCCUUCAUAUCCUACCGGUGUCUGUCUGGGAUAAAAUCAAUUUUGUUUCGACAAAGGCUGUCACCAUUGUGUGCUAAAGUCAACGGAACGCCGCUCCUCUUCAAUAAUUAUAGAAGAAUAGUCGAAAAGAAAGUAUCCCGCGUGGAUCGCAUCGACCUUUCCGUGUUCCAAAUCCGAAUCCUGCGAUUUUUCAUUUUUUAGCUUGCGGCCGUCGUUGAUGACCGGUCAUCGCUGCUCUUUUGUUCAGUCCUUUGCCUAGGCUUGGUCAACGAAACCCUCUGGCUUCAACUUCUCCAACUCUUCUUCCCCUCCCUCUCCUUCUCUUCUAUUCUCUUCAUCCCAUAAAAUGAAUCCCAGAAUCUUACUGCGAUCCAAAGGGUCCUUCUCUCUCUUAUUCUUCCUCAUCUCCUCAUUGUUGAGAGAGGGGCUAAUCUUUGCUGCCAACCCAAAAGCAGAAGACUGUGAGCCAAAGAACUGCGGGAAUGGCUUAAACAUAAGCUACCCGUUCUGGCUCCAGGGUCAACACCCGUCUUAUUGUGGGUAUCCGUCUUUUGUGGUGACCUGCAAGAGCUCCGCCCCUGUUCUUAAACUCCUCGGCUAUGACUAUCGUAUCGAGCAGAUCUUCUACGAUAGCAGAUCAGUUCGUGUCACUCGAACUGAUUUCUUCCUUGAAAGCGAUUGCCCGUUCCCAGACUACAAUCUCACGCUCAACCGAACCCUGUUUCAUGUUAACUCAGAUAACAAGAUUCUCUUCUUUCUCUUCAAUUGUUCGGAGGGGCUACGCAGCUACCAAGAGAUACCUUGUCGUAAUGCUAUCACGCCGGCGUAUCUCGUCGGAGAGUAUUCGAUGUCAGAUCGGCUGAGUUUUUACGGUACAUGCGAGUCUGUAAUUGCGCCCGUGUUUUUGGGUUCUGAGAUGGUCAGCGGUGACUAUGCGGAGGUUUUGAAGCUUGGUUUCUUGUUGGACUGGACCCCAGAGGAUUGCACAGAAUGCAGCACGAGCGGGGGCCGAUGUGGAUACGAUUACAACACGGCCAGUUUCAUGUGUAUCUGCCAUGAUAGAACCCAUCUGAGUAGUUGCAGUCACAAGCAAAUGACGAAGACUAUUAUAAUAGGUGUGUGCACUGGAGUCGGAUGCAUCUUGAUAACGUCUGCCCUCUGCCUUAUCUGGUUUAGGUACAAGAAGAGGAAGCAGCAUUCCCCGUCCUCCAAACACCUCAUCCGGAAUUCCUCGGAGCCAUCCCCUAAGAAGGACCUUGAAUUGGGCAGCACCCAUUACCAGACCCAUGUCUUCACCUACGAGGAACUCCUGGAGGCCACAAACCACUUCGAUUCCUCCAAAGAACUCGGUGACGGGGGCUUCGGCACAGUCUACAAAGGAAAGCUUCGAGACGGCCGCGUUGUUGCUGUCAAACGCUUAUAUGAAAACAACUACAAGCGGGUCGAGCAGUUCAUGAACGAGGUCGCCAUCCUCUCCUGCCUCCGCCACCAGAACCUGGUAAGCCUCUAUGGCUGCACCUCCCACCGCAGCCGUGAGCUUCUCCUCGUGUACGAGUUCGUGCCCAACGGCACCGUCGCCGACCACCUUCACGGGCCCCGAGCUAGCGAGCGGGCUCUUUCCUGGCCCAUCCGUUUGAGCAUUGCCAUCGAGACUGCGGACGCGCUCGGCUACCUCCAUGCCGUGGAGCCACAGAUCAUACAUCGCGAUGUCAAAACCAACAACAUUCUGCUCGACGCCAGCUUCCAUGUAAAAGUUGCGGAUUUCGGGCUCUCACGUCUCUUUCCUACUGAUGCCACCCAUGUGUCUACUGCUCCUCAGGGCACACCAGGGUACCUGGACCCUGAGUACCACCAGUGCUACCAGCUCACAGAUAAAAGUGAUGUUUAUAGCUUUGGAGUGGUACUGGUGGAGCUCAUAUCCUCGAAGCCUGCCGUUGACAUCACGCGGCACCGGCACGAGAUCAAUUUGGCCAGCAUGGCGAUCAACAAGAUCCAGAACUGUCAGCUGGAGCAGUUGGUGGACCCGGAUCUUGUGUAUCAGUCGGAUUGGGCGAUAAAGAAGACGAUAACCAUGGUCGCGGAACUGGCUUUCAGAUGCUUGCAAUCGGAUGGAGACAUGAGGCCGCCCAUUAAAGAGGUACUCGAGGUGUUGAGAGAGAUAGAGAUCGAGGGUCACAAGACUCGGAAAGAAGAGGCGACGGAUGCCCGUGAUGAUGCUGGCUUGCUGAAGAACAUUGCACCGUUCUCACCUGAUUCUGUUACGGCUAAGUGGGUGAGCAGGUCUACCACACCUAACACCAGCUUUCCUGUGUUUGUGUAAAGGUAUUCAUAAGGCUUCGCUGAUUGAGCUUGAGAUCAAGGGGAAUGUACAUAAUAUGUAGAGUUUCUAUAUUUCGUACAAGUUUUCACUAUUUCUAUGUGGAAAUCUCUAGUCAUGGCUGGAUUGUUCGUUGGUUU